GAUGGGGUGUUAUGGGGUUAGAUGGGAUCUUAUGGGGUUAGAUGGGGUGUUAUGGGGUUAUAUGGCAGGGUGAAGGAUGCCGUCUGGGUACGGGGGUGUUAUGGGUUCUAUGGGGUUGUGUGGGUGUUAUGGGGUUAUAUAGGAUCUUAUGGAGUUCUAUGGGGUGUUAUGGGGUUAUAUGGGGUUCUAUGGGGUUAUAUGGCAGGGUGAAGGACGUCGUCUGGGUACGGGGGUGUUGUGGGUUUGUGUGGGGUGUUGUGGGGUUGUGUGGGUUGUUAUGGGGUUCUAUGGGAUCCUAUGGGGUUACGUGGGGUUCUAUGGGGUCACUUAUGGGGCGGAUUUGGGGCACUGACGCCAUUCCCCCCCCAGGAGAAGAUCAAGGAGAUCGGGGAGCGGCAGCCCGACAACCCCCAGGAGGCGCCGCCCGGCAUCCAGGCGGUGUCGGAGCAGCUGAGGCCGCUGCUGCUGUGGCUGGCGAACGGCGUGGAGCUGCUGAACAUCGCGCAGGGCCGCGUGGCGGAGAUGGAGGCCGAGAUGGAGAUGGACGGUGCGGGGGGGGG